UAUAGUUAAAUUUAAGUUGUUUUUUUAUACUAGAAAAAAAAAUAAAUAAAAUAAAAACAUUUGUUAAAGAAAUAAAUACACAAACAAACGCGCGUGUUUUGUUUUAAGUUUUUUCUUUCUUUCAUUCUUUCUUUUUUUGUAAAUUUUUAUAUUGUUAUUAAAUUACAAGCAAACAAACUUAUAAAUAAAUAACUAAUAAAAGAAAAAAACCUUCUGUUAACCAUUUGCUGUUAUCGUUUUAAAACAAAACAGCAGAACAAAAAUUUACUGACUUUAAGUAAAAUAUUCAGUUUGUUUUAAUUUAAAAUGAAAAAGUAAAAAUACAAAAGUAUAAAUUGAAAAUAAAAAUAAAAGAGAAAAUAAGCGUAUUAGUUUACUUGCUCAUUGUGGUUGGUGUUGUAGAAAAAGUUUCUCUUGUUUAAUUUUUGUUUAAAAAUAAAAUACGUUGAAUUUAAAUUGUACUAAAUAUGUGUGAGAGUUUGAAAACGUUGGAGAACAAAUUAUUAAAAAGUUUGUGUUUCAGAUUUGUUUUAGCGCGCUAGUGUGUGAAACGUAAAACGAAGUUUAAAAAUUAAAAAAAAAAUACCUACUUAUAAGUAUAAAAAAAUGCUGACGUUUUAUAUUUUAAAUUAACAAAAAUGUAUGGAAAUCCAUAGAAAGAAAUAUGUAUAGCAAAAAAAAAUAGUUAUAAAUAAUGAAAGAUAAUUAUUAUGCAUUAAUAUUUAUACAAAAAAAUAAAGAAAAUUAAAAAAAAAAUUAAAUAAAAAAUUCAUAAUACAAAGUGUCUUUAGAUUUUUUAAAAAACGUUUACAAAUAAAAACAUGAAAACCUUUAACAAAGUAAUACACCCAAAUGUUAAAUUUCUACACAAAAACACACAAAAUAAUUUACCAAAUACGAAAUAACAAACACAUAUGGAUACUUUAAAUAAAACACAAUACUAAAUCAACAACAACAUCAACAAUAAGAACAAAACAAAAAUAACAAUAAAAAUACGUAAAUAAUAAUAAUAAUGGAUGCAGCUAGUGCGGUGGUGACAGUACCAGCAUCAAGUGCCACAGCCUCAGCAACAACAACACCAACAUCGUCUAAUGCUAUAAAUGUUAAUCAGAGCAAUAACCAUAUACACACACAUACAAACACACACAGUGGAGCAAAUAGUUUGAGUGCGACAACAAAUAGCAGUAACAGCAGCAGCAACAACAGCAACAUUAGUAUCGGCGGCAAUAGCAGUAAUAGCAGCAACAGCAAUAGUAGCUGUAGUAGUAGCAGUACAAGUAGCAAUAGUAGUGGAUAUGGUAGCACAACAACAACACCCACCAAUAAUUAUGAUUUACAGCAACAAACAACACCAACAACCACACCCAUACCAACAACACCUGUAGCCAUAGCUGAGCCCAUAAUACCGGUAGCUACGGUAGCAGCUGUUACGCCUUACUACAAUGAAUCAAUAACAACACACAAUUUGGAGACACACCAACUACAACACCACCCACCACAUCAUACGCAGCAACAACAAUUGCAGCAGCAUCAACAUCAGUUGCUGCAACCAAAUCACCACCUUCAAUUGCCACAGAAUCAUUUGCAGGCAAACCUACAGCCACAGCAGCAUCAAUAUUUACCAAGACAACAAUAUUAUUCAACGUAUGAUUAUCAACAACCAGCACCAACACACAAUUUAUCUGGCUCCUCAGCAUUAACAGCUGCUGCAGCUUACAAUGUGGGUGUAACAGGACCAUAUGAAUUAAGCUCUCCUGCGUAUGGUUCAGGGCAAUAUAAAUCUUCGAGCUUAAGCGGGGCCAUAAAUUAUGAACGUGCUGGAAUAAGAACCAAUACAGCAGCAACCAGUUACAAUCAUCAGCAGCAACAACAAACUGAACAGCAACAGUCCAAGACAAUAAAUCAACAGACGCAACAAUUUCCGGCAGUGUUGGCCUCCUCGAAACAAAGAUCAUCCUCCUUAAUCGGCAAUUCUACGAGUACCAACACCUCUAAACCGCAAGCUGCUGCCACACCUUUCUAUGCCCAACCACUGGCCUCACAGUCUCAUUCUAAUCCCACCCCAUUUUAUGACAAUACCAAGUAUAAAAUGCCCUUAGAAUAUCAUGACUCAUAUGGAAAUCCCUCGGCUGCUGCCGCGGCCUCAUACCAUCAGCAGCAAAAAUAUUAUGCGGCCGCAAAAUCACAACUUAAAGAGGCUGCUUACGGAGCUGUGGCCGGUUUAAAUAGCAAAUCUGUAUAUCCUAAUACGGCUAACUUUUUUCCAGGACCUGCGGCCAAUCAUGGCUUGCCAGCUACCUCGUAUGACAAAUACAUGUAUCCACAUGCCUCGACCACGGGUUAUUCGGCAUCAGGACAUAUGGGCAAUGAAACGCCACCAGAAGUCAGCAGCUAUCGUAAACCGGUAGUGGCAAAUUCUAUGAAUUCUCCCUCUUGGCCUUGGGGCAUAGAUUAUGCGUCGGGCAAUAGUCGUACUAUACCGCCGCCGCCGGCCAGCCAUUUACCUACAGCUACUGUGGCUCCAACACAUGCCACCUAUUUGCAACCAAAUCCUACAGCUUUAACACGCGAUCCCUACUAUAUGGCUCAUGAUAAAUAUGCUGUGAAGUAUGACAAAUAUGCAGCACCAUCAUACCAGCAAUCGUAUGUUAGCCCGCCAUCCUCCAGACAUCAUUUAUGGCCGAGCACUGCUCAUGCCUCCAACCUAACACAACUUAAUGAAAGACAUAUGUUGGCCUCGGCUCCAACUGCCCCACCUUCUCAUGGUCUACAUACGACACCGUAUUUUCCUAACAACUCUACAGCCGGCCUAAAUAGUCGACAAUCCUGUUGCUCUCAACCCUAUCAGCCACAAAGUUGCUACUAUCCCUCCUCUCAUGCUAUACCGCCCCGAUUGCCACACAAUCAAUCCAACUCAGUGGCAGCACCCUCGAGUGGCUAUUUAACCUCCCAACAAACACUGGGCCAAUCGCCUCAUUUAAAUGCCUUAACAGCUAGCUGUAAAUAUGGCGGAGUUAUACCCGACUAUGGCAAUGGAAAUAAAAUAAAAAACUCUAAUGAUCUCUAUCUAAACGCUCAUCACUAUGAUAACAAUACUUCACCGCACACCUAUGGCUAUGGAUCAGCUCAUAGCAGCCAGCAGUUAUAUGCCAGCAAUGCUCAUCAAUCUAUGGCCCAUGGUCUCACGCCCUCAUCUUUACUAACACAUGAUCCUCUAAACGCUAACCAAGCGUCGUACACAAAUGAUCUCAGUUUAACGACAAGCAAUUUUGAUAAUUAUCAUACACACCUUGACCCACAUCUAAGCCCGCAAACAUUGGCCGGCAUACACGGUCAACAGCCACCACCCGCCUAUGGGCCCACGGUGGCAAAACGUGCCUUAUUGGAUUAUCGUAAACCCAUACAACCUCAACCCCCACCUACAAUCGCCGAAGAGUGCUAUACCACGCUCUCAUCAAGGGACCAUUACAAUCAACAGGAGUUGUUAAAUACACCCGAGACAACAACGACAUUUGCGGAAUAUGAGGCUCAACAAAAUAAUGCCUCCAGCCUCUCGUCCUAUUCACACACACCUGAAGCUCUAGCCGAUGCAGAGAAAGCUAAUGAUGAAGGUAAUAAAAAUUUAAGUUUACGUGAUUUCAUAGCCAACUGGAAUGAUGAUGAAGACGAAUUUCAAAAUAAUGAGGAACUAAACUUUGAUCAAGCCAACGUUAUCGAUGAAGUUUUGCAAACCGCUCCUGUAGAACAGGCGGCGGCAGCAGCAGCAGCAGUAGAAGAUUCGGAGAUAAUUAAAACUUCCUCUUUAGAUUCCAAAAAUACUGAGCACUCUCUCCUAAAAUCCCACAAAAUUGUGGAAAAUCUAGAUGCCCAAACAUUAAGUGAUCAAUAUGUCAACUUGCCUGAUAUUGUAAUAGAUAUUGAGAAAUCGAAUAAUGUUAAUAACUCUAUCACAACACCCUCAACCAGCCCAACUCCCAACACACAACAAGAAGCUAAUAGUUUUCCCCCAAAUCUCAAUAAUUUUGAUGUAGAAAAAGAAUUAGAUGAGCUUAAACUAAAGAAACCCACGCAACAAGAAUUAACCAAAGAUUUAAAUGAUAUUAAUGACACCAAUAGUGUUACCACACCCCAAUUGAGUCCGUGCAAAAAUCUGACCACCCAACUCAGCUUUGAAGAUUUAAAUUUGGAGCCAGCUAACAAAACCGUCCUUAAUGCUACAGCACCAACAACAACAACAACACGCCUUACAAACCAGCAGAGCUCGGAGUUAACGGAAACUUAUUUCAAAGAUAUGGAGGGCUACGAAAGUGGCAGUAGUCGUCAUUCAAAUGAAUCCGCCUUUGAAAAAGAAUACGAAACAUUUAUCAACAAGAUCACCAGCAAUGCAUCCGUUAAUAAAAACACAGAGGAGAAAUCAAACGAAGCGGAUAAAGAAAUGGAUUUUGAGCAAAAUGUUCAAGAUUUUUCAAAGUUCUAUAAACGCAAACGGAAACUAAAGGAAGAUGAACUUAAGACAUCCUUGCCAGAGACUCCAGGACAUAAGAAAUUAAAAACGAAUGUGGCCACAAAAGUUUACAACUCAAAUUUUCCCCAGGUCUACACGAAAAAGUCCAGAAAUAGAUUAAACAAAGCCAAACAACAAACUCCACAUAAACGUAAACCCUUGUCGGUUUAUUACAAAGUUAUACAUUCCAUACGACGUUUCGGCUUGCAUCGUUUAAAACGGGUAAGAGAAUAUAUGACGGAGUUAAAAGAUAAACACUUGCCCUUAAUAAAAAGGCAGUCCAUCAAGAAUUACACUCAUGGUUUGCCCGAUAAUCUGUUUAAUGCAAAAUCUUUGAAAGCAUUAUGUAUAAUGGCUAUUAAUACAGAGGAAUUCCGCCAACGUUUAAUGCUAUCGAUCGAGGAUCAAGAAAGCUGUUUACAAACGGAGGAGAAACAUAUAUGCACCGAUCCGACUUGUGAAACCUGUGAAGUUAUAAAAAGUUUAAUGGAGGCGGAAAGUUUCGAAGAGAGUUUACUGCAGCAAGUAUGUGAAAAUAAUACUGAAACUCUGGAUAUCUCCUCGGCUAUUUUGUGUGAAGAGGGCAAACUGGAAACAAUAACAAUUGUAGACAAUGCGGAAAUUAUUAGUUUCCACAAAGAAGAGCCUACAAUGAUCUCAAAUGAAAUUGAAAAUGUUCAAUAUUCCAAAGAAAUUGUAACAGAAUUUGAAACAGAACUUUUGGUUUCUCCAAAUGAAACUAAUAUCAACAAAUCUGAAACAGAAUUUGAUUUGAAUAACUGGUACGAAAAAUCAAAAUCACCGGAACAAAACUUGCAAACCAAAGAAUAUUCUGAAAUUCCUUUGCAACGAGAGUCUGCAAUUGCAAAUUGUAAUAAGAAAACUAGUCUAACUCAGCACGAAAAAGAAGCUAAAGAUGAUCUAGAAACUGAGAGCUCUAAUUGUGGUGCUUUUAAUCAAAUUAAUCAAAUAGAAGCAGCUGAUGCCAAGCUCGUUUCUCAAACUACAUUAUGUGAUAAUGAAAAUUUAAACAUUUCUACAGCUUCAAAAGAUAUCAAAGAACCAGAAAUUCCUACAACAGCAGAAUUCAAUGAAUCCUCAAACACAACAUUGAAAACAGUAAAAAUCGAAGCUGAAAAGUUUUCACACUCUAAAAAUCAAGAGAGUGAAAGUGACGAUUCCGAUUCGAGUGAAUCUGAUAGUGAUAGCAGUAGUUCCAGUUCAGACGAUGAAUCGUUUGAUGAUAGUAAAGAUUCACACAAGAAAUCUGACAGCAAUGACAAAUCUAGUGAUACCGAUUCAGAAAGUGAUUUAGAAAACGAUGAUGAAAAAGUUAAUUCCGAUUCUAAUCAGUCAUAUCAUUCGGUAAAUAACAAACGAAAGCAAAACAUUGCAAGUAAAGUUGAUAAAGAGUUAGUUAAGCCUUUUGAUUUAACCAAAUCGGAAAAUAUGGAACAAAGUUCAGAUAGGAAAUAUAAUGAAAUUAAUGAACCUAAAAAAGCAUCCCUAAAAUUCAAUCCAGUUAAUAAAAACAGAGAUGUUAAUACAGAUAGUGAUACAGAAGAUGAAAUCAUUCCAAAAAGUCCUCAACAUAUUGUGAUACGUAUUAAGAAAUCUUUUAAACUCAGUCCAAAUAAAAACAGUUCCAGAGAGGUGUAUGUUUCUGAAAACUCUUUAAAAUCAUAUGGUAAAUUUGAUAAUCAGUCCGAAACUGAGUCUGAAGAUGAAGACAUAUCGGAAAAAGAAUGCGAGGUGAUUUCAACAACUUUGAAAUUGAGUCCAAAGCAAAACAAAUCCUUAGACGAUAAUGUUAGUGAAAAUUCAGUAUCAUCUGAAUCUGAAUUGGAAAAUCAAACAAAAAGUGAAUCUGAAGAUGAUGACAUUAUUAAGAAAAAAGUUAAAUUCAGUCCAAAACAAGUGGAACUUGCUAAAGAAAAUGUGAUGGAACCAGAUAAUGAAUUGGAUAAACAUAGAGAAACUGAAUCUGAAGAUGACGAAAUUUCGAAGAAAAAAAUUAAAUUGAGUCCAAAACAAGAAGCUCUUGCAACAGAACAACUGAUGGAGCCACAUACAGAAUUGGAAAGUGAAUCAAAAGGUGAAGACAUUUCCGAGAAUGAAUCAAAAAUCGUUUCAACAUCAUUACAAUUAAGUCCGAAGCAAGAAGAUUCCCUUGAAGAUCAUGUGCCUAAAAACCCAAUUCAACCAAAUACUGAAUUGGAUAAUCAUACAGAAAGUGAAUCUGAAGAUGGCGAUACUGCGGUGAAAGAAACUGAAAUAGUUUCAGCGUCAUUAGAAUUGAGUUCAAAGCAAAAAGAUUCCAUUGAAAGUCUUGCUAUUGAUAAACCAAUAGAACCACAAACUGAAUUUGAUAAUCAUACAGAAAGUGAAUGUGAAGAUGACGAUAACUUGGAUAAGGAAUCCAAAAUGAUUACAAAGAAAGAAGAUUCCAUUGAAGAUCAUGCGACUGAAAAUCCACAUACCGAAUCGGAUAAUCAUACAGAAAGUGAAUCUGACGAAGACGAUAUUUCGGAGAAUGAAAUGGUUUCAAAGAAUAUAAAAUUGUGUACAAAGAAAGAAGAUUCCAUUGAAGAUCAUUCAACUGAAAAACCAAUAGAACCACAUACCGAAUCGGAUAAUCAUUCAGAAAGUGAAUCUGACGAGGAUGAUAUUUCGGAGAAUGAAAUGGUUUCCAAGCCUUUAACAUUGAGUACAAAGCAAGAAGAUUCCAUUGAAGAUCAUGCAACUGAAACCCCGAUAGAACCACAUACCGAAUCGGACAAUCAUGUAGAAAGUGAAUCUGACGAGGAUGAUAUUUCGGAGAAAGAGUACAAAACGCCUUUGAACUUGAGUCCAAAGAAUAAGGAUUCGAUAAAAGAUGAUGUUUCUGAAAAAUCUUUCGAAUCGCAUACUGAAUUUGAUAAACAAAGUGAAUCUGAAGAUGACGAGAUUUCGGAAAAAGAAUCCAAAAUAAUAACAAUAUCAUUGACUCAAAAACAUGACAAUUUCAUAGAGGAGAAUGCAGAGCCAACAGAAAGUGAUUCUGAAGAUGACGAAAUUUUACAGAGAAACUGUGAAAUAAAUGUAACAUCCCUCAAAUUAAGCCCAAUACAAAACGAUAAUGCUGAAUUUGAUGAUCAAAUUGAAGAAGAAUCUGAAGUUGAUAAUAAAAAAGAUAAAGAAAUGGAAUUAAUUUCAAAUUCUUUGAAAUUUAUUCCAAAGCAAGGAGAUUGUACAGACCAGCCUACUUCUCCAAAAUCUGAAUUGGAAAGUCAUACAGAAAAUCCAACUAAAUGUGAUGCAUUAUACGAUGAUUUUGAGAAAGAAUCAGACAUACUUACAACUACUUCAGAUUUGAGUCCAACAGCGCAGAAUUCAAUGGAAGAAUGUACGCCUGAGAAAUCCGCCGACUUAUCGCAUGAAGCUGAGGUAUUUGCUAUUGAAAAACCUGCAGAGUUUUUUACCGAACUUGAUAAACACACUGAAAGUAAAUCAGAAGAUGAUAGUGUAGAUGAUAUAUCGAAAGAUAAAUCCAAUUUCUUGGAAUUGAGUCAAAAAGCAGACGAUGUCAAAAUUGAUGAAUUUUCUAAAAAAUCUACACAGGAAUGUAUUGAAGUCAAUGAUCUUAUAGAAAGCCAAUAUGAAGAUGAUGAUACAGAUGACGAAGAAGAUUUACCAUUGGAACAAUCAGACAUUAAUGUACAACAUAAAGAUGCUGAUCAUACAAUUAUUCUAUCAGAUUCGGAUAGCAGUUCGUAUUCUGAAUCUGAGAGUGAUAAUGAGGAUGAAGAUGUUGCAAUGAAAUCAAUUAAAACAUCGAAUGACUCAAUACCAAUCAUGAUAUCUGAUGAUGAAUCUAUGCAUAAUAGUUUUGAUAAUGUAGACAGCCAAAAAUCCACAAAUAUAUCUGAAGAUUCACUAAACGAAAUUAAAAGUGAUACAGAACUCACCGAGUCUAAUGAUUCGGAAAAGUCAUUGAUUGAUGGAGAUAAUAAUGAUCUGUUGAGGAAUUCACAAGAGAGAAUUAUGAAUGAAGACUCUAACUUUCCAAGCAAUAAACUGGAUCCAGAGAUACCAGAACCAGCCAAAACCACAGAAGAAACAAUGCCUGCAAAUGAAGACAUAUCUCUAGUUAAUGAUCCAGAGAUACCAGAGCUAGCCAGAACCACAGAAGAAACCAUGCCUACAAAUGAAGAACUUUCUCCUCCAGAUUCCAAAAUUGUGGAAGAUCAUAAAGUUUCAAAUAACGUUAUUGAAAGCGCUGAAGAGUUUUCUUCAAAUAUUAAUAGCCCACAAGAAGAUUUGCCAUUAGAUUGUGUCGAAAUCAAUCAAACUCAAACUAUAAAUGAUGAAAAGAGUUGUGAGAAAUGUAUUUCCGAAUACUCGAGUUCUUCGGAAGACUCAGAUGAAGACAUGGAUGAUAAAUUAUCCACUAAAGAUGAUCAAGGAACAGAAAACCAGUCGCCCCCAGAACCAUUAUUACAAAACAUAGAAGAUCAAGAAUCGAUACACUCGGAGAAUAAUUAUUCCGAAUGUGAAAAAAAUGCAGCUGUUGCUCAAGAAUCUAAUAAUCCUGAUGCUGUUUUAGAAACUAAUUUCUCAAAAAUCAAUCAAAAUUCUCCUAAAAUGGCUGGGUGUGAAUCUGAAAGACCCAUAUCAUCGAUACAUUCACCAGAUGAAAAUGAACUACUGCAGAAAUCGGAAGAGUUAAAUGAGGAUUUAAAUAGCUUAGAAGAAACAAGUAGAAUACCAGAAAAUUUAUCAGAACAAACAAAUGAAAAUAAGGCUGUCAUUGCAUUAUCCGAGACUGUAUUAAAUGAAACUUGCGAAAAUUUAGAAAUUUUGGCAGAUACUGUGAAAAACUUUACCACAGACAAUUUGGAAAAUGCUUUAUCCGAGACUAUACCAGAAGAAACCCAAGAAAUAUUGACAGAUGACACAGUGAAAAACUUUGCUACAGAACCUGAAAAAAUAUCCGACAAUUUGGAAAAUGAAGAUCAAAACAAAAUUAAAGAAGGUUCUAGUAUUAUAAAUGAAAAUAUUUCUGAAGAAAGCAAUAGUCAAGGUUGUGAAGAUCAUGAACAUUUUGAGAGAGAAGAAACUAUUGCUCAGACAGCAAAUACUGAUGACUCAAAUAUUCUAGAAGAAGUCAAUGGUCCAACAUCAGAAUCGUCUAAAGAAACACCUGAUAUUGAAGAACGUCAAGAAGAUUUUGAGAGAGAAGAAACAAUUGCUCAGACAACAAAUACUGAUGACUCAAAUAUUCCAGAAGAUGUCAACAGUCCAACACCAGAAUCAUCUAAAGAUACACCUGAUAUUGAAGAAUCUCAAACUAAUUCUAAAGCUAUAACUGAAGAACUAAUUGUGUUAGAUAAGAUUCCUGCAGAGACUAAAGAAACGAAUGCUGAUUCUAUGGUAAAGGACAUCGAUUCGGAAACAAUAACUGAGGAAUCAAAUUUUGUAAAAACCCUUAAUGAUACUUCAGCCACUUUUGAUGAAAUUUCUUGUGAAAAUCCAUCUAUCGACGAUCCACCAACUGAAGAUUGUGAGAAUAUUUCUGAAACAAAAACUUCAGAAUCAAAAGAAAGUGAUAAUGAAACUAUUGCUGAAUCAAUUACUGAAAAAUCCGAGACUGCUGACUUGUCAGUGGAUAUUAACAAUGAACCUUUAGAAACUUUAAAGGAAAUCUAUUAUAAAGAGGAUACUAAUACUGAAUUUGUAACUGAAACAUCCGCAAUAAUUAGUCAGAUAGUAACUGAAGAGUCAGAAUAUUUAGAAAAGGUCAAUAGUGAAGAAGCCUGUAAUCCAAAGGAUAUUACCGGUGGAAAUAUAAAUGAAGAAUCAGCAAUAACUGAAGAGUCAAAUAAUCGCUUAUCUCCAGAUUCCUUAAAGAUAAGUGAUAAAAUUAUCUCCAAGAUAGGAACAGAAGUAUUAGACAUCAUUCCACAAGAAAUAUCUAAAGACUCAGACAUUUUGGACAAUAAUCAAACCCUAGAAAUAUCCGAAAAUACAACUGAACACUGUACAAAUUUGGAUGCAAAUGUGAUUAAUGAAUCUGAAAGUCUUGAAAAAUCUUGUGAUGAUGAAGUAAUUGUAUGGAAAGAAGCUUUACAAACAGUGGAACACAUGUCUGCUGGAAAGGAAGUUGAGUCGCCCGUAACAGUUUCAGAACCAAAACCGGAAACAUUGGAGUUAGCUGAAGAACCCAACACUGAAUCAUCUGAAGUUUUUGAAGAAGACUAUGAUCAAGCUAAUGAAUCCCUGAAUAAUCUGGAAGAUACAGAUAUUUUCAAAGAAGUCAUGCAAGAAGAUCUAGGAAGUAGCCAAGAAACAUUUGAUGAAAAGGAAUCUAAUAAUGAAUCUUUAAUUAAGAACUCUGCAGCAGAUCCAGUAAAUGAUAUAUCCGAAAUUUUAGAGCAUGAAAAAGAUCAUACCAUAUCUGAACCAAAACCUGAAACAUUGGAGUUAGCUGAAGAAGCCAACACUCAAUCAUCUGCAGUUUUUGAAGAAGGCUGUGAACAAGCUGCUGAAUCCCUGGAUAAUUUGGAAGAUACAGAUAUUUUUAAAGAAGUCAUGCAAGAAGAUUUAGGAAAGAGUAAUGAAACAUUUGAUGAAAAGGAAUCUCAUAAAAAAUCUUUAACAAAGGACUCUGCAAUAGUUCCAGUAGCUGAUGCAUCAGACAUUUUAGAGCAAGAAAAAGAUCAUACAACAUCUGAACCAAAACCUGAAACAACGGAGUUUGCAGAAGAACCCAACUCUCAAUCAUCUGAAAUUUUUGAAGAAGAUUGUGAACAAGCUGCUGAAUCCCUGGAUAAUUUGGAAGAUACAGAUAUUUUCAAAGAAGUCAUGCAAGAAGAUCUAGGAAGUAGUCAAGAAACAUUUGAUGAAAAUAAAUCUAAUAAUGAAUCUCUAACUAAGGACUCUACAAUAGUUUCAGUAGCUGAUGUAGCGGAAAUUUUAGAGCAAGCUGAAGAUUCAAUGACCAACAAUGAAGCAAUAGUUGAAAAAGCUGAAAGUUUAGAAGAAACCAUAAAUAAGAGUAGCGAGAUUGUUAAAGGUUUCGAAACUAGUUGUGAAAAGGUAAUUGAAAAGCCAAAUACAUUGAUUGAAGACGAAAAUGAAAACUCCGAAUGUAUUGAACAAGUAUCCAUCCCUAUGAAUGAACGUUUAUCUGAAUCCGAUGUUUUAGUUGAAGUACCAAAUAAAUGUAUUGAGGAUAAAAAUGAUGAUUCUGAACCCGAAGCUGCAGCUGAAGAACCAAAGAAAACUAUUGAAGACAAAUACGAAAUGACUGAAUGUUAUAAAGAUUCCGGUGCAGUUCAUGGAUAUCUAUCUAAAUCUGAAGAGGAAAACGAAGAGUCCGAUCCUUCUCAUAAAAGUUUAUCAAAAUCUGAAGCUGUAGUUAAGAAACCAAAUAGUUUGGUAGAAGACAAGAUUGAAAAUUCAGCAUGUUAUGAGGAAGAUCAUAUUUUAUCUAAACUCGCAAAACCAAGUACUUCGAUUGCAGACAAUAAUGUUACUUUUGAAAGUUAUGAAGUUGAGACUCAUUCUAAAGAUGACGAAUUGGUGGCAUUAAAAAGUCAAACUGAUGCUAAACCUUUAGCUGAACAUCAAGCAGAAAAUCUAGAGUGCAGUUUUAAAGAAAGUUUAGGUGAAAAUGUGAAUAGUGUCUCCCCAGAAGAGAAUGAAAGUAUUGAAGAUACUGCUCUACCUAAAGAUGAUGAAUUGGUAGCCGAAAAAUUGCAAGCCGAGGAACCACUUUCAGCUGCUCAUCAAAUUGGAGAUCUAGAGCGCAGCUUAAAUGAAAGUUUAACUGAAAAUGUUUCAAACAAAGACAGCAACACCCAAGAAGACUUAUCGGGAGACUUUUUAGGUUUCAAAAAUCAAUCCAGUUUUGAAGAUGAAUCCGAAGAUUUUCAUGGUUUCGAAGAUUUAGAAGAAGUGGCGAGAAUACGUCAAGAAAUCGAAAAUAUAAAUGAUGACUCAACAGCCAAUGAUGGUUUCCGGAAUUAUGCCAACUUAAAUAGAGACCUGCACAAAUCCUCAACUACUUCAUUAACAGGCAGCACAGCAUCGGAAAUUAAUGAACUGGAGGCUUUAGAAAAAGAACUUUCACAACAUCAAACCGAAAUGGAGGAGGAAAAUGAGGAUGAGGACAAAGAGACUGAUAAUGAAUUGCAAACACAAACUGUUAAAAUUGUGUCUUCAAACGAUAUAGAACAUAUCAAACAAAUGUUGGAAAGUGAUGAAGAACUGCAACAAGAUGAAAUAGAAGUAAUGGCUGAUGCUGAUAAUAGUAAAGAUAAGUUUGUAGAAAAUAGUAAACUUAAUUCAAAUGAUAUUUUAAGUUCUGUAAAUUCUAUAAUACCAAAGUUAAGUGACCUUUGUAGGGCUGCCUUAAAUAGUUCCUUGAAUUCUAAUAGUAAUUUAGCACAACACACUGAAACGCCCACGAUUUUAGUGGAACGUGAAUUAAGCGUAGAAGAAGCUUUAGCUGAAAUGUACCGCCAGGCGGGCGUAUUAUUAUCCGAUCCCGAGGAUUGUGAUAAUGAUAUUGCAACAGAUGGCCGCGUUGAGGAGGCGCAUGAUGUGUUAUUGAUUAAUUUACAAGAAAUUUUAAAUAGUGAUAAUAAUGAAGUCUAUGUUUUACAAUGUGAUAUGAAUGAAAAUCUGUUGAAUGUAGUGCAGCAAACAGCAGAGGAGCAGAGACAUGAACAUCAAGAUAGUGAUGUAGUUGAUGAUACGGAAAGAGUAAAUACGGUACAGUUUAUAGGCAUCUUAGAUACCCAAAGUACAGAACCACAAAUUCACAUCAUUAGUUCCGAUUCGGAAAGUGAGGUUAUCAUAUUGAGCGAUGAUGAAUCCGAUUUCGGUUAUAGACCAUUUAUUGCUCGCCAGGAACGCAUUACAAUACCAUUUAUCAAUGAUAACGAUAUCAAUGAUUGCGAUAGCUUAUCCGAUAUAUCGACUAUACAUCAUGAGGAAAUAGUACCUGAUAAUUUAAAUAAAUUCUUGGAAGAAGAAUUCUAUAAAUAUUUACACGAGAAAUAUGUACAAAGAAAUAUAUCAAAAUAUUAUCAUGCCAAUCGGGUGUUGAAAAAAUAUAGAAAACGAUUUGUAAAGACGAAAAGGCAGUGAGAGAACUACUAUAACGAAGUUAAGCAUUUGAGUAUUUUGUAGGGAGAGAGUUUAACAUUAAGAGUCCCAAACUGAGUAAUAUUUGAUAUCAAAUUUAGAAAAUACCAAGUUUAUAUUUCCUCUGUUAGGUUAGAGAGAAUUAGUUUUGAUAUCAAAUUGAAACAUCUCUCUCUCUACUAACUAUUAUUUAGCCAGUAAAAUUUUCAAAAUGUUAUUGUGCUCAAUUUAGAAAAACCAUUAACUGCCAUUAAUAAUUGAAAGGGGCGUUAUUAAUUCAAAAAAUAUCAAAAAGUAAAUUAAAUAUCAAACAAAAAAAAA